CACUGUAGCCCCACCCCUCCCACUCCUCUCGUGCUGCUGCUGCUGCCGUGCUGUGUGUGUGUGUGUCCCAGCACGGUCAGCAUGGAGUAUGCAGUGGCUUAACUAAUGCGGGGCCUCGAGUCCUGAAGGGCCCCGAUGCCCACUUUGCCGCCCGCUUCUGGUGAAGGGUCGUGCGUUCUGCUGUGGAACACACGGCCAUCUUGGAUUUUGUUUUUUUAUCAACCUAGGGAGCAGGGCGGGAGGGGAUCGGCAUGGAGCCUGGCUCCGGUCUGAUCAGCCAAAAGGCCCCGUCCCGGCUCUGUUAUGAUCUGCUCUGUGACAGCUGGGGACAGGCUGAGACUCACAUCAGCCGGAGGGAACUGGAGAAGCCCCCACCAGAGGUAGACUCAGCUCAGGAGCCUUGUCUUGAUGAAAGGAAUAGAAAAGAGGAUGUUGCCAGCUACAUUUUAAAGGCUAGUCUUUCCAUAUGGGGAUGGGGAAGUCUUGGCGUUGUGCUGUUCCUGAUCAAGUUUGGACCUUUUGCUAUAUUCUACUUUGCCUUUUACAUACUAUGCUUUGUUGGAGGGGGUUUUGUAGUGACUAUCCUUUUUGGCAAAACAAGUUCAGAACGACACUUAGAAAGGUGUGAGCACUCUUUUCUACCAUCAACAUCUACUGGCAUUCCCAAGUGUUUGGAAGAAAUUAAACUUGAACCUAGAACCAUCAAGAUUGACAGAAGAAUAACAGGUGCCAGUAUGAUUGAUGAGCCCCUGCAGCAGGUUAUACAAUUUUCAUUGAGGGAUUAUGUCCAGUACUGGUAUUACACACUAAGUGAGGAUGAAUCUUUUCUCCUUGAAAUCAGGCAAACUCUCCAGAAUGCGCUUGUACAGUUUUCUACUAGGUCAAAAGAAAUUGACUGGCAGCCUUAUUUUACCACCCGUUUAGUUGAUGACUUUGCCACUCAUCUUCGAGUGUUCAGAAAAGCGCAACAAAAAAUGGCAGAAAAGGAAGAUCAAAAGAAAGAUAAAACUGAAGAUUUUAUAGAUACUUUUUUCGAGGUUGAAGUUGAGAUGGAAAAAUGUGUCUGCCGUGACCUUGUCUGCACUUCAUCCAAAGACGAGGAAGGGUGCCUAAAGGAUUUAUGUGAAGUUUUACUAUAUUUAUUGCUACCUCCUGGAGACUUCCAGAAUAAAAUCAUGCGAUAUUGUGUGAGGGAAAUCCUUUCACGAGGAAUUCUUCUUCCUUUAAUAAACCAGCUCAGUGAUCCUGAUUAUAUUAAUCAAUAUAUCAUUUGGAUGAUUCAUGAUUUCAGUUGCAACUACGAGGCCUUUAUGAAUGUUAUUAAAUUAAGUGACAAUAUAGGAGAAUUGGAAGCUGUGAGAGACAAAGCUGCAGACGAACUGCAGUAUCUUCGUUCUUUGGAUACUGUUGGAGAUGAUAUCAACACUAUAAAAAAUCAGAUAAACAGCUUACUCUUUGUAAAGAAAGCAUGUGAAACAAGAAUACAGAGAUUGCAGUCGGGGAAAGAAAUUGACACUUUGAAGUUGGCUGCAAACUAUGGAAAACUUUGCACAGUCCCAUUGGACAAAAUUCUUAUAGACAAUGUUGCACUACAGUUUUUUCUGGAUUUUAUGCAGCAGACCGGAGGGCAAGCACAUCUCUUCUUCUGGCUGACGGUGGAAGGAUACCGAGUCACAGCGCAGCAGCAACUUGAGGUUCUGCACAGCCGACAAAGGGACGGAAACCAUCAAACCAACCAAACAAAAGGUUUGCUACGAGCUGCAGCGGUUGGAGUGUAUGAACAGUAUUUAUCUGAGAAGGCAUCACCUAGAGUCCAUAUUGAUGACUACUUAUUAGGAAAGCUUGAAGAGACCUUGAACAGCGAAGAUCCAACACCUGAAAUUUUUGAUGACAUACAGAGAAAGGUUUACGACAUGAUGCUGCGCCAUGAAAGAUUUUACCCAUCGUUCCGUCACAACACUCUCUAUAUCCGAAUGCUGGCAGAGCUCGACAUGUUAAAGGAGCCAAGUUUUAAAGGGUCGGAUGAUGGAGAUGGAGAAUUUUUCAAUGGGUCACCUAACGGCAGUAUACAUUCGUCUCUAGAUGACCUGACCAGCUCUGAUGAGCUAUUGCAGAUUAACGCUUUUAUUUCUGACACUGGAGUUUGUAAUGAACAUGGUAAAACGUAUGCACUAUACGCCAUCACUGUCCAGCGACGAAGUUUAGACGCCGUUGAAGACAUGUGGAAAACGUAUCGCCGUUACAGUGACUUUCAUGACUUCCACAUGCGAAUCACGGAACAGUUUGAGAGCCUUGCAAGCCUUUUGAAGCUGCCUGGGAAGAAGACGUUUAACAAUAUGGAUAAGGAAUUUCUAGAAAAGCGGAGAAACGACUUAAAUGCAUAUUUACAGCUGCUACUGAAUCCAGAGAUAGUGAAAGCGUGUCCUGCACUUGCUCAUUAUGUAUUUGACUUCCUUGAGAACAAAGCCUAUAGUAAAGGCAAAGGCGACUUUGCAAGGAAGAUGGAUACAUUUGUCAUUCCUCUGAGGAACUCAAUGAGGAAUGUCUCCAAUGUGGUUAAAUCAAUCCCUGAUAGUUUGGCUGAAGGAAUGAAUAAAAUGUCUGAUAACAUGGGCAAAAUGUCAGAAAAAAUCGGACAAGAUAUAAAACACUCCUUCUUUAAGGCUCCGAUUCUCGUACCAAAAACGGAUGCAUUUCCAGAACUCUAUCGAGUGUCCGCACAACUGGAUGACAAUGUGGAUGACAACAUUCCGCUGAGAGUGAUGCUUCUCCUUAUGGAUGACGUCUUUGACUUGAAAGAAAGGAAUCAGUGGUUAAGAAGACAAAUUACAAGCCUUCUCCAGCAGCUCAUAAGAGCAACCUAUGGAGACACCAUUAAUAGAAAAAUUGUUGACCACGUGCAAUACAUGACCUCCCCAGACCAAGUAGCGGAUUAUGUGAAACAGUUCAGAGAAUCGUUUUGGCCAAAUGGAAUAUUGGCGGAAUCAGCUCUACGAAGAGACCGGAGUAUUCGAAUGAGAACAAGAGUGGCAGCUAAAACCAAUCUACUGGAAAUAAUGCCAGAUGAACUGAAGCAUAUCAUUGGUGCUGAAACAACUCGGAAAGGCAUCCUGCGGGUGUUUGAAAUGUUUCAGUACAACCAGCUGAACAGGAGACUUGUGUACGUUUUUAUAGAGGGCUUCCUGGAAACCUUAUUUCCACAGUAUAAGUUCCGUGAGCUUUUCUAUAAACUCCAUUCUCGGUCAGAACGCAUGCAAAAAUAUAGACAGAGAGCACAGCCUUCUCAAGCGCCUUCCUUGCAGAAAAGGUGACACUACAGUUUGCUAAGAGGUGCCCUAAGAAACUCUUCAGUGUUUGAUUCCGGCAUUCCUGACUUUAGCUUGGGUAUGAUCACCUGGGCUUCAAAACACCUACUUAGGUUUCCACUCCAAUCAUGUAGUGUCAUAUAAAAUACUAAUGCAUCCAGAUGUGUGAUCCUUUCACAUCCUUGCCUUCUGUACAAUCAUCGGAUUGUGUUUGUAUGACUUAAAUGAUUUGGUGCAUCUGCAAUACUGAGGAGCAGGGUGGCUUGGUCAAUUUUCAGUAUGCGGAACCAGCUAAUCUGGGGUUCUGACCAAAAAAGAGCUGGAGGCGAUCAAGCCCUAGUUGUCCAGAAGAAGUGCCAGACUGGAUUUUUCUACACAAAGUACAAGCACAAUUGCAGUGGUUUACUGGAGACCUGAGCUAGGUUGAGUUCAGAUUGGGAGAUUGUGCAAUUACCUUUUUGGUUAGACAUCAAGACUCCUCAAUCAAGGCAUAGAAGGCCAGGGUAAACAUGACUGUACCAGGUCAUAAAAUAAAAAUGCUAUUGUGGUUUAAGGAAUGGCAAUAAUAAACAAAGAUAUCCACAGGUCUUAUGCUGACCCCAAAAGCCAGCCAUCAAUUGGCAUGUGAACCAUAGGUGUAAACCUUUAGAGGUUCCAUAACCAAAUGGUACCUACACUGUCCACAAAGUCCAGCCAACAAUUGUCAUAAGAACCAUUAAUGUAAACCUUUUAGAGGUUCCAUAACUCAAUGGUUCCUAUGCUGUCUCCGAAGUCCAGCCAACAAUUGUCAUAACAAUCUUUAAUGUAAACUUUUUAGAGGCUCCAUAACCAAAUGGUUCCUACAGUCCCCAAAGGCCAGCCAACAAUUGUCAUAGGAACCAUUGAUGUCAACCUUUUAGAGGCUCCAUAACUCAGUGGUUUUUACGCUGUCUCCGAAGUCCAGCCAACAAUUGUCAAAAGAACCAUUAAUGUAAACCUUUUAGAGGCUCCAUAACCAAAUGGUUCCUACGCUGUCUCAGAAGUCUAAUAAUUGCCGUAUGAACCAUAAAUCUAAACAUUAAGAGGCUUCAUAACUAAAUGGGUGGCUAAUCCUGAACGCUGAUGUAACAGUCUGUGGCAGCAUGCUUCAUUUACAAAACAUUGAUCAUAUCUGCCUUUUCAUUGUGGAUUUUUACUUUAAAUUAUCAGUUUAAACUGGCUUUGGGCAAGUCAAUAGUACAUAAUGCUGAUGGAUAGAGACUGGAGACUGAAGAAGCUAGAACUGGCUUGCAGAUGCUGUGUGAGCACUAUGGGGUUGUUUGUCUUUACUGAGUAAAGAACUAUUUGGCAGAGUUGCACUUGCAAAACACCUGUUUAUCUUGAAAAGAAAAUUCCACUUUAAUUGAAAAAUGAACUUUUUUUAUUUUUUUUAUUAUUCUAUUUACUCCACAAGUAACACACAGUGGGCAGUCAAGGAAUUUAACCUUAAAAGUAGACAGUCCUCGGCUGGUUGUUUGUAUCACACAGAAAAGAAAUGUUGACACUAAUUGUGCUCUGUAUGCUCGCAUCCAAUCAAAAUGAUUCGAAAUUUCUGUUCUGUGCCGCAGAUGUGCAACCUUCACACUCCAGAUGUGUCACCAUAGCUCCUAUUACCCUCAGUCAGACAAAUAAUGCAUUUGUAUUUUCUACCUGGUUGGAGGCUGGGAAAUUUGGUCUCAAGCUGUUUGUAGAAUCUUUUGGAAUUACUACAUUUGGUGCAGCCUCUAAAGCUGGUUUUAAAGCCUUUGCAUUGAUGGUGCACAUAAAUCAUAUACAUUGUACAUUGUGACGUUCACAAGGUUCUAUCUCUUGCUGCUUGUGGUACUCUCUGGUGUAUUGUUUUACAUGGAAACACACUGCACAUCAUGUGUAGCAACGCUAAAUAUACAUAGUGCUACAACUGCUUAUUUUAUUCAAUGAACUGUUAUUGGCGGGGGAAGUGUGUGGAUUAAGAGAAUAUAUAUUUAUGGGUUUUUGUUUUUUUUAAUUCACGGUUUCUAUUGCCUUUUUAUCCUUGAGAUAGUGAUGACUUUGGCUUGUGCUAUUGCUGGACUAAAUCUUCCUGCAUCCUCCACCAAUCAAAUUCCAGAAGCUUAGCCAUGCUUGUUCAACUUCAGGCCUCAGCAGACCUAAUACUAGUUAUACUCACAUUUUUAGAAAUGUUAGCUUGUUCCAGCUGACUGAACAAGGUAUCCGCCAUUUUAGAUGGGGGCUGCUUGAUCCAUAUCCAACAUUGUACUGGUUUAAUCUGUAGCACAUAUCCUUGACCAGUGAAUAUCAUGUAUGUACCCCUUUAGUUUUCCCUGUAAUUUAUUGUCAUAAACAAAUCCUCUCUUGCUUCGAAGAAGUGUGUCCAUAAACCAUUGGAUGGGUCACAAGUGCAGAGUAAUGUGUGUGUUUCUUGGUUUCCAUAGUUUCUGGUGUGCACUGGUGCCAGAACUUGUGUGCAUGGAUGCUGUUGCACUGCUCAGAGGGAACCUGACUCCAUUUUAGUAGCAUUUUUCCUGUAUUUCCCCAAUACCACAUAAAAUACUGCAUUGAGACACUCCUUUUUAUAUCUUUAAUACUUUACGUAUACCUCAAUUAAACAGUACUAGCGAUCUUUAUUUAGUUGAUAUCUAUGGAGAAUUUCCCAGCUGAAGAAAACAGGGGCAUUCAGCUGCACUAUUCACAGUACAGUCAUGAACUUAGUUAUAUUUUCUAAACAAGUCGACUAGUUGUGGAAAAUAUAACCUGUUUUAAUUGUAGCCAAGGAUUUCCCUGAAUUGCAAAUACACGUAGCAGCUGUUGCGUUGCCUGUCUUGGCAGGUAUAAGCUUUAAAAGAGCCUCCGGAGGCAUGUAGAGCAAUGCCUUACUAGCCAUACAGAGUGAGUGCAGUCUGGGAAGAAGUUUUAGAAUUGGAGAGAAGCAAUAUGGUGGGCGAUUCAUAAUUCUGUGUAAUAAAAAAAGAGACCCUUAAUGAUAAAAUAAUGGCGGCACCUAAUUCUUCUCAACGACUUCAUAACGACACUCCUUUUUAUAUCUUUAAUACUUUACGUAUACCUCAAUUAAACAGUACUAGCGAUCUUUAUUUAGUUGAUAUCUAUGGAGAAUUUCCCAGCUGAAGCAAACACCCUUGCACGUCCUGCAUAUUUAUUUAUGGAAAUAUACAUUUCUCUUUAAGCCCAAAACAAAAUACAAGCACAUUAAAUGGUUCCAAUGAAAUUAGCCAUAGUUUGUGUGUGAAUAUAACUGGGACUUAGACUGUAAGAUGCACUGGGGCAGGGGCUGAUGUAUAUGAUGGAUAUCUCUGCAAUAGUUGAGCUUGGAGAAAGAAGAGUAAAUCCU